AUGGAUAUGUUUCAAGAUUAUAGCGACCCAACAAGUCCACCGAUACCUUUAGACGACAAUUAUGUUUCUCGAAGAUUUAGCUCAUACAGUUUGAAGCAACAACUGACAAGUUUAGCUCAAGAAAUACCUAACGCGAAUAUAACAAUCGAAGUCAUUGGUAGAACUCUGGAAUACCAAGAUAUAUUGAUGCUUAGGAUAUCAGAAAACACUGGUCAUACAUAUUUUAGGGCAGAUGAUCAGAAAUAUGCUGAGGAAGUGCCGGAGAAGAAGAUUAUAUUUAUAGUCCACGGUCUUAAAGUUAUGGGAAUGACAGAUAUACCUUGUUUAUCUACAACGGGAUCUUUCAGAAUACUACUGUCAUAUUACACAUCGCAUUUAGAUAAAUUUAACAUAUUUUUAAUACCGAUGGCAAAUCCAGACGGCUAUACCUAUAUACGAUCGUCAUACAAUGAGUUUUGGGAUAAAAACGUGGCGCCACAAGCAGAAUGUCCCGGAGUAGCUUUGGAUAGGAACUUCGAUGUUGCUUGGAGUUUAAACCGCUCAAUCAGUUCUUGCAGCCAGGAGUACCCUGGCGAGGUGCCCUUCUCAGAGGCAGAGACGAGGGCUGUGAGAGACAUAUUCCAUAAAUAUGGCCAUAAAAUUGUAGCUUUCUUUAACGUGCAUGCUGGCUCAUAUCAUAGUUCGGUUUUCAGGGGCGAUGCUGUACUCUAUCCAAAAGGUUACAGCGACACAGCGAUAGAUGAUGAUAAAUAUAUUGAUUUGAAAGGAGAGAUAGAUGAAGUUAUUAGGAAUGCAAGCUUCCAAGUAUAUUCUGUCACUGUUGAUACUUUAUACAAUUGGUACGGACUGGUCAAAGGUUCCAGCGUGGACUACGCAUCAACGGUUUAUGGCAUACCUUAUGCCAUGGAAUUAGUGAUGCAGCCGUAUGAUGAACAGGUGUUUUAUUAUGAUGAUGAAGACUACUCAUCUCUUGCUUUAAAAGACGUUUGUUACACACUAGUUAAGCUGUUCCCGUCAAGGACUGAACAAAUAGAAGCACUUAAUAUUUUAGAAAAACCGAGUGAAGGUAUUGAGAUUUUAAAGAAAUCAAGAAGUUUUAACGAUAGCACCGACGUUCUGGUACCUCCAAGCGAAUUGAAAUUCGUUGAAGAUUUUAUAAAUAAGGAAGACAUUGUUUAUGAAAUAAAGAGCAACUAUGGAAGGACAUUCGAAACUUCGGACAGGACGCCUAAAAGGAGAUUUAUGAGAGGCUUCAGCAUAUUCGAGUAUCACAGCUAUAACGCGAUUAUAGAAUUUAUAGAAAGUACGGCAAAACGCCAUCCGGACCUGGUGAGAUUGCAGAAUUUAGGAACAAGUUACCAAGGCAGGCGGAUGAAACUUGUUAAAAUAUCGCUAGAUCCCAGUGCUUGCAACCCGAUCAUAUUUAUAGAUGCUGGUAUCCAUGCGAGGGAAUGGGCGGCACCAGCCAUGGCGUUAUACCUCAUCCACAGACUAGUUAAUGAUCCUGACGCCAGGAAGGAGCUUGAAGGAGUCGACUGGUACAUCCUUCCAGUUGUUAAUCCCGAUGGAUACGAAUACACGAGGAGCAAUAGAGCGAAUCGUCUAUGGAGGAAGACCAGAUCAAAGAAUUCUGUUUAUGACUGUUUUGGGGUAGACGGUAACCGCAAUUACGGUUUUAAGUGGGCAGUCAGUGGUGUGUCCAAGAAUCCUUGUGACAAAGAGACUUACGCCGGUCCGAAACCUUUCUCAGAAGUGGAGACCCAAUACGUCAGGAACGUGAUGAUGGAAAAUAGUAAACGGAUAAAGUUAUACGUAUCUUUGCACUCAUAUGGCCAAUACUUGGUAUAUCCGUGGGGAUAUACGGGAGAUUAUUUGCCAAAGGAAUGGAAAAGAUUGGAUACUUUGGCUAGGGCGGUCUCAGAUGCUGUUCAAAGAGCUGGUGGACAGCCUUUCAAGGUUUUGAGUGCUGGGAAAUGGUACCCAGCUGCCGGUGGUAGCGAUGAUUACGCGUUUGGUGCGGUAGGAGUCCCAUACUCAUACACAAUGGAGCUAACUGACGGUUACGAAUUCAUAUACCCUGAGAGGCUCCUUAAAAAUGUGUUGCCACAAUACUACGAGGGUUUUAAAGUAUUUGCAGUCCAAAUUAGAAGCGAAUUUAAAGAGUUAUGUUCAAACAGGAGAUAUUUACCUGAAGUCAUCGAAAUUAACAACUGA